AUGGAAACCUUGAAAACACAUCGUCUGACCCUGAUUUCGCUCAUAAUAUUAGCUGAUACUAUCAUAUUCAGUCCUAGUUUGGUCGAAUCAUGCAACGCCAUCGAUAAAGUAGGGCUGCUCGAAUUCAAGCGCGGGAUCGAGUACGAUAGCAGCGGCCAAUUACGCACAUGGAACCCAAAUACCGACUGUUGCACAACCUGGAAUAAUGUCAAUUGCGAUGCUACUACCGGAAGGGUGGUUAAAAUAACCCCGUUCCGCCCUUGGAACCCUAUGGAUGUCGAUAUAUCUAUCUUUGUAAACGGUACAAUAUCCCCUUUCCUAGGUAAUCUUACUUCUCUAACAGAACUUGACCUUGGUCAUUUUCAACAAUUUUACCUUGACGACCCAGCUGGGUUAAGAGGUCCAAUACCACCCCAAAUAGGCAAAUUAUCACAAUUAACUUACCUUUCUUUAGCUCACAAUGUUGUUAGUGGUUCAAUACCUGCAUCAUUUGCUAACCUCCGUCGUCUAAAAACUCUCAACCUUGGCUAUAAUAGUCUCUCAGGCAGUAUACCCUCCAAUCUUUUUCAAUCAAUGGAGUCACUAUCGCAAUUAUAUUUAUAUCAGAAUCAUUUUACGGGUUCGAUACCGUCUUCCAUCGUAAAUUUGAUCUCACUUGAGCGACUCGGCUUGAACAAUAAUUCAUUCUCCGGUGAGAUACCAACUAGUCUUGGCAAACUAAAGACCAUCAAAUCAAUAAACUUGUCACAUAACAAGUUUAUUGGUAGGAUACCCGAUUCAAUCAGUGAACUUUCCCAAUUAGAGGCUUUAAAUCUUGAUCACAAUAAACUCACUGGAAGUAUUCCGAUUAAGGUGUUGAAUCUGAACAAGUUGGUUGUUUUUUAUGUGUCUAAUAAUCAACUUAGUGGAAGAAUUCCUCCUCACAGUUCAGCUAUUCCUGCUUCUGCAUUUUCGGGAAAUCAAGGCCUUUGUGAUGUUCCGCUGCCUCCUUGUAAGCAUUAG